UUGCAUUCCCAGAACCUCAUUCUGAACUAUACAGAAGAUGGUUUAAAAAUAGGAAGUGAAGUUUUUGAAACCCAAAUCAAAUAGCGGAUUUUCUUAAACGAGCAGAUGGCAUCACUUGAUAUCAAAUUGAAGAAAGUGAAUAAAAUCUAUAAAGAAUUGGAACAUAUUACAGGGCUGAUUGUUAUCCAAAGCAAAAAUGAUAUAGUUCACAAUGGGGUAACUUUGUUCAUAGAAGGAUCUGUAAGCAUGCAGCUUAGUGCAAAGAGCGUUGGUCUCUUUGAGGCAUUCUACAAUUCUGUUAAGCCAAUCACUUUGCUUAGUGGCAACAUUGAAAUAGCAAAACCUGGCAAAAUCCCAAGUGGAAAAACAGAGAUACCAUUUGAUAUUGUUCUGAAACCACAUGGAAACCGGCAUCUGUAUGAGACAUAUCAUGGUGUUUUCAUCAACAUUCAGUACACGCUGAGAUGUGAAAUGAAAAGAACAAUGUUAAACAAAGAUCUCAUCAAAACUUGCGAGUUUCUAGUUGAAGUGGAUAGUCAAACACAAGAAGAACAUUCGAAACCUUUAAACUUCUCAAUUACACCCGACUCGUUACAAGGAGUUAGAGAGAAAUCAAAGAUUCCACCAUUUUACGUCACUGGAAAGUUGGAUAGUGUUUUAUGCCCAAUAACAGAGCCAUUUACGGGAGAGCUUGUACUAGAGAAUUCUGAUGCAACAAUCAAAUCGAUUGAGCUGCAAUUGGUCAGAGUUGAAACUUGCGGUUGUGCGGAGGGGUAUGCUAAAGAUGCAACGGAAAUCCAGAACCUUCAGAUCGCUGAAGGUGACAUCUGUCGUGGAAUGUCAAUACCAAUUUACAUGAUUUUCCCAAGGCUGUUUACCUGUCCUACACUUGGGACGACUAAUUUCAAAAUUGAAUUUGAAGUCAAUAUUGUUAUUGUCUUUGCUGACGAUCAUUUGGUGACGGAGAACUUUCCAAUAAAAAUUUACAGACCGCAAUAAGUAUUCGUAUGAUUUAUAACUUGAUUGUCUUUUAUAUUUGUUUGAUGUAUUAACGCUCUUUCUACUUGUAUGAGGUAAGAAAAGUGAGAAUUAUUCAUAUCAUAGACCAAUAAACUAAUGUUUUGAGCUAUAUAGUUUUAAGUGAUAGUUCAAUCGAUUACGUCAAUUUAUCCUUUUUCGAUCAUAAAUGUUCACAACAAGUAAACCUCUUACUCUUUAAAGCUCCCUGAAGAACAGUUCAAAUUGGUUUACAGGGUCUAAAUAAUUGAAUAUUGAUGGAUUAAUGACGGCAGUACACUGACGAAAUGUAUUCUGAAACGAGAAAUUAUAUUUCUCAGAGGUUUAUACUAGUGGAUAUAUUGGCAAAAUUUUUAAACGCCAAAACUGAUUUUCGUCCAGCCUUUCUUAAGUUAUGGAAAAGUCGCCCACAUUGUAGAUUUGGGUUUUUGUUUCAAUACGGCAAUAAAUUCUUCCAUUUUCAGCUCACCAAAACAUUGCCCGUAAUUGUCGAUCUAGUAGAGCAAUUUCUUUAACCCGUGAGGCCGUCUCUUCAUCACAGCUUAACGAACAUAAAGUGAGAUCUUGAUCUUCAAUCUAGCUGUUCAAAGUACCCGUCUUUUCUAGCUCUUAUACGUGUUCAUCUUUUUCAAGUAAGUAUAAUCUCAAAUUCUUCCUAUGUUAUGAUGGCCUAAAGAUAUUACUAGUGCUUGCUAUUGAGGUUUGAAGUUUUGAAAGCAAGUUCUGGCCCUUGUUCGAGUAUAGGUCCACACUAAUUACCCCAUAUAUGCUUUCAAUUAUGGUCCAAAUAGUUCUUCUAAAAAGAUAUGAAGAUUUGUAGGAAAUUGAUUGUUCGUAUUUCAUAUACUAGUGCAGCUACUAGAUGCCACUAGAUCCAAGAUCUUAUAAGAGUUGUUUAAGGUUGGUUAUUAUGCUGAUUUCUAAUGCAUUCCAUAUUAAUUCUUUUAUUGUUCGUUGUUUCGAUUUUCAAAUACCUUUGUAUUCUACAAAACCCAGUAUGAUGAAACCUGAAAACCAUAAAA